CGCCACAGCCAGCAACAGCGCCAGCAACGGGAGCAGGAGCCCCGGCCCCGCGAGCAGGAGGGCGAGGCCCCCCGGAGAAGACGCGCUCAGGGCCCGGGCCGCUUGGCUCCCUGCUGUCACCGGAUCCGGCGCAGUCCCAUGGCCGCGCCCACGCGCGCCCCUCGCUGGGCUCCCUGCCCCCCGGCUGCCCCGCGGCGACGGAGGCAGCGCGAAUCCGCCGUCCGGGUCCUGAAACGACGCGGCGGCGGAAGCUGGCAAGGCCCCUCCUGCCAGCUCCGUCCAGCCCCGGGAGCGCACGUGACGUCGUCCCGCGCGUGCGCAGUGGCCGGGCACCGGCUGGGCAGGUUUCGGCUAGCGAGGCGGCGCGAAGGGUUUGUGGGAAAUGUGAGGCGAGAGGCUUCGGCGGCGGGAGAAGGGGCUUCGUCCUACCGCCAUCUUUGCGGUGGGUUCUGCUGAAGCCGAACGAUCCUGCAUAUUGUGUUUUUUGUUGUUGUUGUUUUAAGCCCUGGGCUUUCCAGGCUGAACUUUCUCACUACCAUUACACUGAAAAAGAGCCCUUGAAAGUUUUGCUCGGAUCUUGCACAUUCUUUUGGAAGUCUUACUGUGGAAAUUGUCCGUGUUUUCAGCUUCCACAUCCCUUUCUCCUGGGAGAUUUCUUUUCCGUUUUUUUAACUUUGUCCCUUUUCUUUCCUCCGCAACUGCUUUGUUGUUGUUGUUGUUUCUUGUAAACCACUUCUCAAAAGUGAACUAGUUGCCGUUUAAUAGAAGUUUGGAUGAACUGCCCCCAAAAUAAAGGAAAUCCGAACAGUCAUGAAAGUUGACUCCAAUUGGAGGGAUGGCUCUCAUCAAUUACUCUUUCCACAGGAAUUGAACAGCUUGGACUUGGAGACAGUGAGUUAAAACAGAAAUAAGAAGGCGGCAGAAAAAGACUACCAGAUUGAAAUGUGUUGGAUAUUCAUAUCCACCCAGCACCUCAGAAUGUGGCCAUGGAGGAUGGAGACAGAGAUUGGAGUGACGCAUCUUCAAGCCUAGGAACACUAAGGAUUGCUGGUAAUCACCAGAAGCUGGAAGAGGCAAGAAAGUGUCCUUUCCUAGAGCCUUCAGAGAGAGCGCAGCCUUGCCAACACCUUGAUUAUACGCUUCAAGCUUCUAGAAUUGUGAGAGAAUAAAUUUCUGUUGUUAUAAACCACCUAGUUUGUGGUCUUUUGUUAUGGCAGCCCUGGGAAACUAAUAAACAUGAUAGUACUGGGAAGUGAGAUGCUGCUGUAGCAAAUACCUAAAAAUGUGGAAGUGGCUUUGGAACUGGGUAGUGGGUAGAGGCUGGGAGAAUUUUUAGGUGCAUGCCAGAAAAAGCCUGGGUUGCCUUGAAGAGACUGUUGGUAGAAAUACUGAAGUUUAAGGGGCUUCUAGUUAGGGCUCAGAAAGAAGGAAGGAGAGCUAUGGAGAGAGCUUCUAUUGUGUUAAGGCAUAUAUAUAUAUAUUACCACUAAAAGAAUGUUUCUAGAAAUAUGAGCAAUAAAGGUGCUUCUGGUGAAGUCCCAGAUAUAAAUGGGGAACAUAUUCUUGGCCACUAGAGAAAAGGCAAUCCUUGUCAUAAAGUGGCAGAAAACUUGGCUGAAUUAUGCUCUACUGUUCGGUGAAAAGUAGAACUUGUGAAAGAAGAACUUGGAUAUUUGGAUUAGGAGAUUUCCAGGCAAAGUAUGAAAGGUGCAGCCAGAUUUCUCUUUGCUGCUUACAGUAAAAUGAGAGAAGAAAGAGAUACAUUGAGAAAUGCACUGUUAAGGAAAAAGAAACCAAGAGUUGAUCAUUUGGAAGAUUCUUAUGCUAUCCAAAUAGCAUGCUAUGAAAAAAGGGCUAAGGUGUAGCUGGACAGCUGUUUGCGAUAGACAUUAGGUGUGUGAUUUAGGGAUCCAGUCAACCAUCUCAGUAACAGCCUGCAAUAAAGAUGGGGUUAUCCAGGAAGGACCCAUGGAGCACCUUCAUGUCUAACAAUGUAAGACUCCUUGACAUUCAUGAAAGACUUACAAGGUUUUUGAGAAUUUUAUACCAGCAGAAACACUGCCAGCCUGGACUGAAAGGGACAGAGACAAGACAAAAUGAAGGAGGAAUGACUUUUGAGGGCAGAGCCAUGAAGCAGAGGUCAGAGAGAAAGGAGUUCCUACCUCAGAGAGCCCAGAGGACAUAGCAUCAAGCCACAAAGGAUUACUCUUAGGCUUUGAAACCUGAGGGAAUUUGCACUGCUGCGUUGUGAACUUGCUAUAGACAAAAGUUCUCAGAAGGCCAGAACAGAGGAUCAAAUCUAUAUCUUUCUGGAAAAGACAUUUCAAGGAAACGCAGCUCUUCACUUCUCUGUCAGGAGCAACUAUGAACAGCAAAUACCAGAUACAUCAUCUUAGCUGCUUGGACACAAAUAAGCAAAGAGAGGAUGAAAAUUCUGGCCAAACCCACCAAAUAAAAGAGUGUGUGUAUGUGGGAGAAAUAAGCUGCAAUGAUCUGCGAUUGGUCCACUAGCUUGGGAUGGCCUGAUUGGGUGGAAGUUCAAUGGCUGUGGAGAGGCACGAGGAUGGAGACUAGGGUCAUUGACCAACCAUCAGCAUAGUCUUAAUUAAAUAUUAAUAUUACAUUGAGAAACAGUGGCUAAUGGCAUUCAUUAUAGUGACUUUGCCCAGAUGGUUUCUGCUAACACAAAAAUUGGACUGGUCUGAAGGACUCUAUUGAACAUUUUUGUACUUUUAAGUUUCAAUUUGAUCUUAAAUUCUCUGGGGUUAAUGGCAAGAUUGGGUAGAAGUAAUGCAAAAAUUCCAAGGAACAAAUGCAUAAUGGAAAUGGAGAAACUAGCCUAGACUUG